AUGAGGGACACCACAUCGCGGAGAUCCUCUGCGGGCGGGUUCGGGCCCCGCGAGGGCGACCUGUCUUCGCUCCCGCCCCUCAUCAGGGAAAAAAUCAUGCGGGAUAAGCCGGCAGAGCUGUUCCGAAAAGAUCUCAUCACGGCGAUGAAAGUGCCUGAUACAGAGCACCUGGAUCCCGACACUUUCUGGGCAAUAGUGGAACCAUGGAGGUCGGAUUACGAUAAAGGAGUUCAGAUUCCUGUGAACCCCGAAGCCGCUCCGCUCAUCAUGGUCAAGCAGCGAAAAAUCACUACGGCGAUGGACGCAAUACUGGGACCUUUCACCAUGCCCAAGAAACUCAUCAACGUCACCCGACGAGAAGAGAUGUUCAGCGAGCUUACGCACGAGUUUUGUGAUCCGGAGGGGUUACAGCGGAAACUUGAAAGCAAGCCGAGGUACAAUAUCGAUCCCCUGGAUUUCGCAUGGCUUCAGCUGAUGAACAGGCAGAGAGCAGCUUGUGGCUUGAAGGAGCUGUCGGAAGAGGUAUUGGAAAGAGUUGUGGACGAUCUCGAGACCCGCUGUCACAACAAUCUCCAAUCCAGUCAGUUCGGCAUUGAGUACGACGAGGACACUCAAUGCGACGUGUGCCUUUCACCGGAGUCCGAAGAAGGCAACGAGAUGGUGUUCUGCGACCAGUGCGACCUCUGCGUCCAUCAGGCCUGCUAUGGUAUCGUGUCCGUCCCGGCCGGUAGUUGGCUAUGCGUGCCCUGCGCUCGGGGCUAUAAUAUCAAGCCAGAAUGCGCUCUCUGUCCCACUCUCGGUGGAGCCCUGAAACCAGAUGCUGAUCUUGACCUCUGGGCACACGUCGCAUGCGCUCUAUGGGUCCCCGAAGUAACCAUUGGGGACCCUGAGCUCAUGCAGCCGCUCCAAAAUCUGCACCGGCUGCCCGCGUGGCGCAGGAAACUGAAAUGCACCAUCUGCAGAAAAGACUUCAUCGGAGUUUGUAUCCAAUGCUGCGUCAAAGGAUGCGACAUCGCCUAUCACGUGACUUGCGCUCAGAAAGCGGCUCUGACCAUGAGCAUGGAUCUCCACGAGGGUUCCGCUCAGGAUGCGCUGGAACUCAAGAGCUAUUGCCGGAAGCACGGGAAGAAAACGCACAAAAGUCCGGGUAAACUCGACGGCAAAGAUCUCCAGGCGGGCAGUAUUGAGAACGCUUCGCAGCGCUUCUACGACUUCGUGAAUCCGCACGAGACGGCGGCACAUCUCCGGUCGGUCGUGGACCCGCUGGGAGCGGAUCAAAUCUUCAACUACUGGAAACUCAAGCGGCUAGCCGCCAAUGGGAAACCUCUCCUACCACCGAAACACGAAGAGAGCUUGAAGCCCCCCGUCUAUAUCGAUGACGAGCUCUCCUCCCGGAUCCGGACUCUCGUCCACGUUCGGCAGGAUCUCGAACGAGCUCGCAAUCUCAGUUAUCUACUACAACGACGUGAGAAAACGAAGAAAAGUUGGAUACGUGCGAGAGAGGAUGUUACGAUGUGUCAGCUAAGGAAUGCCGAAGAACAUCCAGAGUCUCUCCGCGUGAUACGAACGGCGAAUCGUCUCGACGAUAUCUACGAUCGAUUGCAUUCGUUCGAGAAGAUCUACGGCUACCCAGCCUACUCCGUCAGCGCUUCUCUCCUAAGAGCCGUCGCCAAAGAUGAUGAAGACGAUCGACUGAACAAGACCGAGCUGACCUCGCCGAAAAAACGGACACCGAACAAACAGAAGAGCUCUCCGUUCACAUCGGACGCAUGUGCCAGUAAAGAACAGGACCGACACGUGAAGCGACGGAAAUUAGUCUUCGAAGUCGAUGAGAAUCGGCCCCUGGGGGAGGGUCCUUUAACGAAGAGCAGACCCAGAGCAGCGGGGACUCGGAGACGCAGCGACUCGACGGAAAUAUUGACAAGCUCGCCGCCGCUGACGACGCUCUCGUCGCCUCUGUCGUCCUCCUCAUCGUCGUCGCACAAAUUUCUUCGCAUAGGACGCAGACGGGGUGGCCCAUUCAAACGCUCGAUGAUCCCCGCCCUUCAAAGUGAUUUCGCCUCGCAACAAUCGUCGAGUUUGAAGAUGAUCCGGAAAACGAUGCGGACACAGGGGUCGCGGUCGGCGGCUAGUCCGCAGAGUCCUCAGAAUCAAAUUGUGACUUCGACGGAUUACGAUUCAGAUACUUCGCUGGAGAUUCUCACCGGUGAAGAGCUCGUCGAAAGCAUGGCGAACAGGAAGAGGACUCGUCGAUCCCGCCAUAGACGUUUGACCUCUGCGACAAAAGAGCCCCCUCUUGGAGCAGGGCUGCAGACGGCGAGAAAAAUGAAAAUCUCUCCAGGGCAUACACGUAAAGCGAACCUCACGCCUCGGGUCGAGUCGACCGAUCAACUAAGCUCGAUUAGUCAAAUGAAACAGGUCAAAGAAGAAUCCAGGGAAGCGAUGAGAUCGAAAAGGGUCAAUCUCCCAUCGAUUGAGUCAACGAGGCAGAAGCGACCUCCCCGUCCUACGAUCUGCUCCCAACCCUCACCAAGUGAAACGAGCGAGAUACGAGUACUCCGACACCGGGAAAUUUCCAUAUCUCCCGAAAAGAGAUCGAAGCUUCCGUCCAGAGUGAACCCCGACGGGGAAACGAGGAAAAAGUCCUUGUCUGCACCGCGUGCUGCAGAACAGAGAACGGCCCAGAAUUCAGCGCAAACCAGUAGUCCAGUUUUCAUCGAGUGCUCCGUUCGCUUGAAGAAGCUCAGCGAGAGGGACUUGGAACCUUUCUCAAAGCGCAAUCUAAGGAGUGGGAAAGCGAACCGCCAAUGACACCGUCAUUUCACUUGUUCGAGAUGAUGCCUCAGUGAAGUUCCAACGAGGUGGUCUACGGGAUCGAUCCCAAUAGUACAUACAUACGGGUGGUCAAUCAAGAGUCAAAUUGAUAUCUAUUGUUGGAGAGUAUAUUAACUGGAUCUCGAAACCAUCGAUUCCAGCCAGAGUUCAUAUCGAAUCAUUCGCAUCAU